GUAAACAGUAUGGCGUCGAUUUGUAACGUCAUUUCCACUGCCUAGUAUCCGGUAUCCGUAGAUUUCGAAUUAAGUUGAAAAUCCCAGACUGCUUGUCACUGUCAUUUCGCUAAAAGGAAUGUGUUCCGAUGAAAUCAAUGUUUACUGUAUCUAUAUUUCCUUCAUCUAUAUUAAUGUACUCUAACUUACAGAAACUUUAAUAAGAAAUUAUCAUAUCUUUGAUACCUCAUUAUUUCAAGAAUUUUUGAUGUUUAUAUUCUGAUGAAAACUGAACGUACCCCUUUCUCAUUCUGGCGAUGUAUAAGACCUCUAACAAAACAGUUCGUGCAACGUGAAGUAUGGGGUUAAUAACCUUGUGAUUUUGGUUGAUUUCAUUGUUUUGAGGUACGAUUCCCCACAAACAUUAGAAAAAAUAUCCACAAUAAGUUAUUUUUGUAAGGGUCAAUUUGCAAGUCAUUCUACGUUGAUUCAUUGGUCGAACAAAGCGUUUUCAAAGACGUUGUCAUUGUUUAGCAUAAAUUGUUAUUAAAGUGUAUAGCUUUCAGACAAUGAACAUAUGAGAAGAAAAAUUUUUAGUUAAAUUACACAGUGCUAACUAACAUUUAAAAAUAAACCCUUUCUGCUGGAUAUUAUACUAGAAAAUGAAGAUAAAAGUUACUACUUUGACUGAUUUUAUAUUUGAUUUGGACGUAUCUGAAGAUUUAGAAUUAGAAAAUUUCAAAGCGUUUUGUGAGAUCGAAUCUGGUUUUCCGGCUUCUGAAAUUGCAAUAGCUUUUAAUGGUAGACCAUUGAUGGAAAACAAGAAGUCACUGAAAGAGCUCGGAAUUAAGGAUGGAGAUAGUGUUACUCUUCAACAUAUUCAAAGUAGUUCCCAACUAAGUCUAGAUCAAUCUGCAAAUUUUGACUUCAGCAAUAUUGAAAUUCCAAAUAGUACAAGAAAUAGGCAGGUUGAAGAUGAUCCUGUGCUUAUUAAAGAAAUGUUCCUGGCAAAUCCAGAUCAACUUGCUCUUUUAAAGCAGAAUAAUCCUAGAUUAGCAGAUGCUCUCUUAAGUGGUAACAUAAACACAUUUGCAACAGUCCUGCAAGAACAAGUUAGAGCUAGACAAGAGCGAGAGGAACAGAGACUGAGGAUGCUCAAAGCUGAUCCCUUUGAUACAGAGGCACAGCGCCUCAUUGCUGAGGAAAUACGUCAAAAAAAUAUUGAAGCUAAUAUGGAAGCAGCUAUGGAAUAUAAUCCUGAAUCUUUCGGCACGGUUGUUAUGCUUUAUAUAAAUUGUAGAGUGAAUGGAUAUCCAGUUACUGCAUUCAUAGAUUCAGGUGCACAGACCACAAUAAUGUCAAGCCGUUGUGCAGAACGUUGUAACUUGAUGCGACUUGUAGAUACACGAUGGGCAGGAAUAGCUAAGGGAGUAGGUGUACAAAAAAUUAUAGGAAGAAUCCACAUGGUGCAAAUUCAAAUAGAGAAUGUCUUCCUCACAACUAGUUUUUCUGUAUUAGAAGACCAACCUAUGGACAUGCUGCUUGGGUUGGAUAUGUUGAAAAGGCAUCAGUGUUGCAUAGAUCUCAAAGAUAAUGUUUUGCGAAUUGGAACCACUGGCACAGAAACCAGAUUUCUACCAGAGAGUGAAUUGCCAGAUUGUGCAAGACUGAGUAGUAUAUCAGAAGAAGAUGUGGCGAUGAGGUCCAGGAAGGAGUUUGAGGACAAAGAGUUGCAGACUGCUAUCAAAAAUAGCCAACAAGCUGUUGCUGCCUCUUCAAGUCAAAUCAAUAUAAAUGUUCCUAUAGAAUCAUUUCCCGAAGCUGAUAUUAAUGAUUUGAUCAGUAUGGGUUUUAGCAGAGAUCAAGUGAUAUUUGAAUUAAGACGUUUCAACGGCGAUAAAACUCAAGCAACUGCCGCACUUUUUGCAAAAUCGUUAAAAUUUUAAGUUAAAUCUUAUGUGUGAGAGUGAAUGUAUUGAGAAUGUUAAAAUAAUUUGUAUUCACAUGAAAGGCAUAUCGCUUUAAUUGCAGAAUCUAUUCAAAUAUUAUGAUAAUUGGUUGAUUAUUAGAAAAAUGAGACACAAAUACUAGGUUGUGGUCCUUAUGUAAAAUCUGUAUAAAAUUUUCAAUUUGGAUUAGGAAAAGUGUUGCCUCGAUUUACUGUAAUCAACUAUAGAACUAUUAAAUUUUCAAGGGUAACGCAACAAUAAAUAGCAUAAAUUUAUUAUUAAUUUGUUGAAGACACUGGAAAAGUGGAAAGAUAGUUAUAAUUGUGCACUUUUUGAAUUUACACAGUUUUUGUUGAAAUUAUACUGAUUUUUACUACUC